AUGUUCUUCGGACUCAAGAAGAAAGAAGAACCACAACCACUCAAAUGCGACAUCUGCAAAACCUGGCAACCCUUCCGUCGCUUCCCCUGCGCUCGCAUCCCACGCAAAUGCCGCGAGCAUCUCAGCAGAGAAAACCCCUUCAAGGACCUCGUCAUCUGCAAAGAAUGUCUCGCCCGCAAAUUGGAAGAACAAAUCGAAGUCAAGUCGCCAGGACGUAUCAGCUGCCCGAUCUGCAAGUGUACUUGGACUCCGAUUGAGGUUCUAGGUUGUCUGGGGAAAGAUGAGGAAGGACGUAGAAGACGACGAGAGUAUGAUUACAAGCUGCACGGCCGCAUCGAGCGCUCGAGUGACUCGUUCCGUUGGACGCUUUAG